UUUCUUAGGUACUUAUCUUCCAAAAUUUUGCAUUUGCCGCUGUCGAAUUAGGACAAUAUUCGCAAUUCCGCUCUAUAUUUUGCGGUCCACAAACCAAGUCUUCCCAUAAUUUUGAUUUCUAGCACCAUCGCUCCGCUCGAGUUCUCCGGCUUUGCUCUGGACAGAUUCUUUGCUUCUUCACCAACAUCUUCACAGCCAUCGUCUCCCUCCAUUGCAGUCGAUUGUCCGUCACUCGCCGAUGGCGAUUAGUCAUCAGCAUCUCAAAUUGGAAGACCCUUUUCUUCAUAAUUACAAGCCCUCAGAGCUACGGAUCGCUUCCGAGUUUCUCACCACUUGGCUUCCGUUUCUUUCCAGAGAUCUUUGUCGAGACUGCACCAAAUUGCUCUCCGAUCGUAUCCGUGCCCUCGAUCCAGCUGUCCGUUCCGGCGAGAAUUUUGGUGCUGCACCACCAGUGGAAGACAUGCAUGAGAGUAAUGGGAAUCAGGAUGAUGCCUGUGAUGCAAACUCUCUUGGAAGUUGGAAAGAUGAAGGGGAAACAAAUUCAUUAGGGAGUUGGAAGGACGGCAUAAAUGAAGGGAAUGAAGCUGAUGUAGUACCUGAAACUUCUUCUAGUGAACUGUCCUCUAAAUUAAAUUCCACCAAGACCUCAGGGCCUCGAAUGUCGUGGGCUGAUAUGACUCAGGAAGAUGAACUAGAAGAAGAAGAUGAUGAGUAUGAAUCGGAAAAAAGAUUAGUCAGUAUUAAUGAGUCCACAAGGAAAUUAACAAUAUCGAAGGUUAUUGAGAAGCCAACGCUGUCUAGAGAGCAGAGAGAGCACAUCAGGUUCAUGAAUGUUGGACGGAAGAAAGAUUUUAUCUGUCUGGAGAGGUUUAAAGGAAAAUUAGUCAAUAUUCUUGAAGGACUUGAGCUUCAUACAGGUAUUUUUAGUGCUGCAGAACAGAAGAGAAUAGUUGAUCAUGUUUAUGCACUUCAGGAGAUGGGCAAGAAGGGAGAAUUAAGAGAACGAACAUUUUCAGCUCCUAAAAAGUGGAUGAAGGGAAAGGGGCGUGUAACUUUGCAGUUUGGGUGCUGUUACAAUUAUGCACCUGAUAAAAAUGGAAAUCCUCCUGGAAUUCUUCGUAGUGAAAUUGUGGAUCCAAUACCUUCUCUCUUUAAGGUGAUCAUUAGAAGGUUGGUGAGGUGGCAUGUGCUUCCUCCAACAUGUGUUCCUGAUAGUUGCAUUGUGAACAUCUAUGAUGAAGGGGACUGCAUUCCUCCCCAUAUUGACAACCACGAUUUUGUUCGACCUUUUUGCACUGUGUCAUUUCUCAGUGAAUGCAAUAUUGUUUUUGGAUCAAACCUUUCUAUUGUAGGACCGGGUGAAUUUUCUGGGCCAAUUGCAAUCCCUCUGCCUGUGGGGUCUGUUCUUGUGUUAAAUGGAAAUGGAGCUGAUGUUGCUAAGCAUUGUGUACCUGCAGUCCCAACAAAGAGGAUAUCAAUUACAUUUAGAAGAAUAGAUGAGUCCAAAAGGCCAAUUGAGUAUGCUUCAGAACCGGAUUUGCAGGGAAUCCAACCAUUGCCCUAUGAAGCAAGUGAAAAUGAUGUACCAACUUCUCCCGUGUCAUCAGAAAGAGAAAUAAGGAGGCAGCCAUUUAGGAGGGGUGGUCAUAUGAGAAACAGGGGAUCUGGAAACAGAAGCGACACUCGAUUUGAUCCACGCAAUCCAGGUAGAGGUCGACAUAGUUCAGCAGAUAGAAGGACCAGAGAGUAAAUCUAGACAGCUGAAGAGUAGCAUUCAUUUAACAGUCCUGUUUCAUCAAUUUUCUGCAUCAGACAGUCGGGUAUUAAGAUUAAUACAUAAAAAGCUACAAGGCAACUGGUUUGCAAGUUCUGUAUCAUGUUGACAUAUUAGAUAUUAUUCGUUUGUGUACCAAGAAUUUUCCAAGCAUAUAUUAGCACGUUUAGAUGGUGUCAUAUUUGUCAGAUUCCUUUAUUAUAUUGUUACUUUGUUACUGAAAUGUUGUAAAAAGUUCGAGUUUCUGCCCUUGGGAGUGUCCGAUUGAUCCAGAACACAACUCUGAGCAGAAUUCUCAAAUGGAUCUUAGAUCAUACCUUGCAGAAUGAGAAAUAAAAGCAUAAACAUAUUUAUUCUACAGCACACAACAUCAAAGUCGGAGGCAAUGCUGCUGAUCACCAGUUUCAAGCUAUCUUGUAUAAGAGCAAUUCAUCGGGAUUUUACUGAGUGAAGAUUUUGUGUUCAUAUUGAUUUAUUGAUUGUAAGCGCCCUGUGAUUAAAAAGUGUUCUGAGUAUAUUCUCCCA